AUGAUCGACAACGCACUAUACGGAUUCACCCGGAUCCCGAAGUCUGACGAUCAUGGGAGUACUCUGGAUGUCUUUGAGGACGGGGAACCGGUGGAUUCAGGCAAACCAUCGGUGCUUGGGCGUAGAUCAUACAUCGAUGACAACCUGAUCCCGGCCAAUAACUGGGAUCAACUAUGUGAUAGAGUUGAGGGUCUACUCGAAGCGUGCGAUAUAUGGAAUCUGUCGAUCAGUGUGGUUAAGAGUUUCAGGGGAAUGCCUAAGAUGGAAUAUCUCGGCCAUAAGGUCUCCCACAACGAACUGGACGCGAAUCCGAAAGAUCUGUCGGCAUUAACUAAUCUAGCAUUUUCCGGAUCACUCAGGGCUAUGCAGUCAUUUUUUCUGAACUACUACAGCCGAUUCAUUGAAGACUAUGUGAUCUAUGCGUCGUUACGAGAGAUUGAUUUCGCUGCGAUGAUGAAGGACAGCACCCAAGCGCAGAUCCAACGAGUGUUAGAGGGUUUGCACCGUUCGCUCCAAAAGACUUUGGAUCUGGAGGCACAAGAUCUAACUGAGGUGGAUCCGCGUUGGAUCCAUGCCUGCAGAUCCUUCAGUGUUCUUAAAUCCAUGAUCGCCACUACCCCGAUCCUGCGGCACUUUGAUCCAGAUCGAAGAGCUACGGUUGUGGUGUAUGCCAGUGACUGGGCCGUUUCAGGAGCAUUGACGCAGGAACAUGACAAGUUCUACCACCCCGUGAUGUUUGCCAGCCGUACUCUGAAAACGAACGAAUUGAAUUACGGGAUCGCGGAGAAGGAAGUGCUAGCGUUGCUAAGGAUCCUGGAUGUUAAAUAUAAUGCCUUGACGUCCGACCCACGUAUUGACCCGACACUCUACUUUGACUGGGCUGCUUUAUUGUCGCCGUGGACACUCGAGAUCACCAAGGCUGUCAGGGGUGAGGACGAGAUCUUAGGAGCAUUGGCAGCCAGUAUUACACCUAGAUCUGAGUUGGGUAGGGCACUGAUUUCGAUUACCCUUAAAAAGGAACCACGACGCAAGAUCCAGGCCCCGAUCCCCACUAUCAGACGUGACGAGGAUCUAUAUGCGGUUAGUUUCGAUGGAUCCGCCCGUGCCAAGAGCGGUGGAGACGCCUACAGCGCGAUCCUAUGGAAAUUGCCUGAAUGGAGUGUGCUAAUGGCUAGAUCCGGCUAUGUCGAAGGCCUAACAGUGAACGAGGCGAAAUACCAUGGACUACUGUUAUGCUUGGAUCUACUGGAAGACGUGGAUCCACGGCGCUUGGUAAUCUGCGGAGACUCGAACCUGGUGAUCCAACAAGUACGAGGUGAAAUUGACUGUAAGGCACCGGGUUUGACACUGCUACGCCAGAAGGCUCUGGAUCGACUACGAACUUGGCCAGAUCAUGAGUUGUUGCAUGUCAAACAAGAUUGGAAUGGGAGUGCCGACAGCUUAGUUAGUGCUGCGCUGCAACGACAAUGUGGGAUCGAGGUUGAGUCUGAAAAGGAUCUCCGGGAUCUAGUGACCUUGAAACGGUUCGAUGAGAUCCUUGUAGUGAAGAUCGAAGACGAGGCCGCACAGAUAUCUGCUGUAACGACCCGAUCUAAGGCUAGUUCUGGAGUGCGAGCUGGGUCUGAUCCAGACUCACUACGAGAAGAAGUUGUUAGGGAACUGCGGAUCGAGCGGAUCCGGCGAGCGGACGAGGAGUCGUGGAUCUCAGGAUUGAAGAAGUAUUUGGUUGGAGAAAUCCGAGAUCUGACACAGAAAGACGCUAGAAUAUUUGGAUCCAUCACCAUGAAUUAUGAGGUAAAUCAGUCGGAUCUACUCUUCUAUUGA